AUGAAGCCCUACGGCAACGUGGUGCCGAAGUUGCUCAUCGGAUUGGACCAUGGACAUUUGGGAUUGCCACUUAGGACGAGGCGGUUUGCCAGAGAGGGACCGUAUGCGGCCGCAACCGAGCUUGGAUGGGUUGUGUUUGGGCCGGUGAGUGGACAAUCGACUACGCCGUCACCGAGGUCCUGCCUUCUAGCCGUGUCAAUGGAAGAUACGAUGGAAAAGAUGGUGGAGGACUACUUCGAGAUGGAAAGCUUUGGUGUGAAGCUCGCACCACAGGUCGCAGCCAGCGAUGACGCGCGGGCACAAAGGAUCCUCGAAGACACCACGGUGAAAGUGGGGCGUCGUUACCAGACGGGACUACUCUUCCAUUUCAGGGAAGGAGCAGUCGGAGUCUGCGGUGACAUCAAGGAGAUGUUCCACCAAGUGCUGAUCCGACCCGAGGAUCGAUGUUCCCAACGAUUCCUUUGGAGAGAUAGCAACGACGAUCGAGACCCGGAUGUGUACGAGAUGAACGUAAUGACGUUUAGAGCAGCCUGCUCGCCAAGCACUGCGCAUUACGUAAAGACGCUGAAUGCCCUGAAGUUUCGGGAUUCAGAUCCGAGGGCAGUCAAGGCCAUCAUCGACCACCAUUAUGUCGAUGACUAUGUGGACAGUUUCGCUACAGAGAGCGAGGCUAUUGAGGUAUCUACCCGAGUGAAGGAGAUACAUGCGGAGGCUGGUUUCGAACUAUGCCAGUUUUUCAUCCAGCUCACCCAUCGUGGAAGCGGCGUUGGGACCACCUGGACGAGUCAAGAGCGUCGGAUGGGAUUCAACGUGAAGUAUCAUCGAGUGCCAGAGAGCGUUCUAAGUGGAGAUCGUGUCCCUACAAAGAGGGAGUAUUCGAGCCUGCUGAUGUCAACGUUCGACCCAUUAGGAUUCCUGUGUUGCCUGAUGAUUACAGCGAAGCUGUUGCUGCGAGAGAUAUGGAGGCAGAAAAUCCAGUGGGACGAACCACUACCGGAGGAGAUUGGCAGAUCCUUUGCUGCCUGGCGCAGGCAGAUGGACGCCGUGGGACAGUUCCGAUGUCCUCGCCACUAUUUUGGGCGCGGAGCAGUUCGGACCAUAAAGUUGCACGUGUUCGUGGAUGCGAGUCAAUCCGCAUUCGCGGCGGUGGCCUAUUGGAGGGUCAUGUACGAGGAUGGCAACGUGCUGGCUAGUUUCGUGUGCGCAAAGACGAAGUGCGCGCCUAUGAGAACGAUGUCAAUCCCACGGCUGGAGCUGCAGGCAGCGGUUCUUGGAACCAGAUUGAUCAACACUGUCAAGGAGGAGCACAGUGUGGACAUCAGCGAGACGGUACUGAGAUGGAUCGGCAGCACCCACCGCCGGUACAAGCAGUUUGUUGGCAACCGAGUGGCGGAGAUUUUGAAGUCGUCGAAGAACAAGGCGGACCUUAGCCCGGAAUCCCGGUGGUUAAGCGGUCCCGCAUUUUUGAGGCAGCCAGCGAGCAGCUGGUCAGUGCCUGAGGAGGGCACUGAGCGUGUUCCGGAUGCAUCUGAUGCCGAGGAGAUGCCAAGUGAGUUUGUAUUGGUGGCCACAAAUGAAUUUGUCAUUCCGUUCCAGAGAUUCUCGAGCUUCAGCCGCCUGGUAAGGACCACAGCCUGGGUCUUGAGGUUUGCGCGUUGGUGCCACAAACAGAGAAGCGAGCUCGAGGAAUACGGACUCACUGCAAAGGAGUGUGAGGCCGCGGAGAACCUGCUGGUCAGGCAGGCCCAAUUGGAAUCGUUUCCCGACGAGAUGAGGUCGGCGGAACGCGGAAAGGAAGUCGCCACCUCGAGUGAGGUUCGAGGUCUGGCGCCGUACGUGGAUGAACAUGGAGUUCUGCGAGUUUAUGGCAGAGUUGAUGCCGCGCUGUGCAUGCCGUACAGUGCGAGGAGGCCCGUGGUACUGUCACACAGGCACAGUCUUACGGAGUUGGUUGUGAGACACUUUCACGCCCAGAUGAAGCAUCAGAACGUGGAUGCGAUGAUUGUUCAGAUCCGGACGAGAUUCUGGGUCACGAAGAUGAGACGAGUGCUAAAGGAGGUGAUCUCGUCGUGCAACGAGUGCAAGUUGCAACGGACGCGGCCGAUGCCGCCGAUAAUGGCACCCCUUCCAGAGGAUCGAUUGGAAGUGGGUGGAUGGCCAUUCAAGUAUACUGGAUUGGACUACUUUGGACCACUGCUGGAAGUCGCGCCAAAGGAUCAUGUGUUGGAGAGUCUACUGAUCGAGGCGGAGAAUGUGGUCAACUCGCGUACGCUCACCCACUUGCCGGUGGAUGCGGACCAGGAGGCGCCGUUCACGCCAAACGACCUGCUCAAGGGAGCAGCUAACCUGCCGAAUACAUCUAGUUUGGAUGCGGAGCUGCCUAAGGAGGGUUCUACGCAAAAGCAGCGGAGGAUUGCUCGCAUGCUGCGAGACCGUUUUUGGAGGAGGUGGGUCCUGGAGUACCUGCCUACGCUUGUGCGCCGCGAGAAGUGGUGCCGGAGAAGGGAGCCCAUCCGCCAGGGCGAUAUGGUCUUCGUCUGCGAUCCUGCCUUGCCCAGACGAGAGUGGCGCAAGGGCAUCGUGGAGGAGGUCUACAGCGGAGCUGAUGGAGUCGUCAGACGCGCCAGAAUGCGCGUGAACGACAACGGACUAUCUCGGACAAUGUUGCGGCCUGUCUCGAAACUUGCAGUUCUGGAUUUGAGUAAAGCGGUUCUUCACGGGGUCGGGGAUGUCGACGGCCGAACAUUGUAA